AUGUACAAUGCAAUUUCCUCGUAUGCUUUAUCGAUUGUUUUAGUCGGUGUUGGAGACGGACCAUGGGAAGACAUGAGGAAGUUCGAUGAUAAGAUCCCUAAGCGUGAAUUCGACAACUUUCAGUUUGUGAAUUUCACAGAGAUCAUGAUGAGAAACUCACCAGAGUCUGCCAAAGAAACUGCCUUUGCUCUUGCUGCUCUUAUGGAGAUUCCCUUUCAGUAUCAAGCAGCCAUCGAACUCCGCUUACUCGGGAACCCGACGGGCUCAGCUAAGACAGUAGUUCCGAGACCACCACCAAUUCCGUACACGCCUCCAACUAAUGCUGAACUACCAUCAACUGCAUCUCCUGAACAAACCCAGAGUUGCCCGAUUUGUCUGACUAACCGAAAAGACGUGGCUUUCAGCUGUGGCCACAUGACUUGUGGAGAUUGCGGAUCCAAAAUAUCAAGUUGCCCCAUCUGCCGAGUACGGAUCACUAGCAGGCUACGGCUUUACACAUGAUUAAUGCCCACAAACUGUCUUACUUUUCACGGUUUUACGCGUGAUAAAUGCCGACAAGCUUUAUUUAUGCACAUAAGAAACGUUUGCACAUACUGUCCUUCCCCUUUGUAGAAUCUACAGUUUGGUUUACCAACUGUCUCUGACAAUGUUCCACAAUCAGCAUGUACAAUGCAAUUUCGUAUGUACUGUAAAACAAUAACCUUGCAAGUAAGAAUGAAGAAGCAAUGUACAAAACAUGGGUUUUACACA